CCCAGAUUUUUCAUAGGCUUAUUCUCUUUUCAGACAGUAUAUAGUAUAUAGUAGUUAGAAGGUUAUAAGCCUAUUACUAUAUUUUCCUUAUGUCUGAGCACAUCUAUUAGCUUUAUUUCAAUUAUUUGAAUUGCAAUUCUUGAAAAAUAUUGUUAGAGAGAGAGCGAGAAAGAGAGUGAGAGAAAAAGAGAGAGAGGGGGAUCAUUUGGAGACAUCCGUGCUUUGCUCACUUGGGUUUUGGGGAGUGAACCAAACAGCCAUGGUAAUAAAAGUCUUUAUAGCAUCCUCCUCUGGAUCGACAGCGAUUAAGAAGCAGCAGCAAGACAUCAUGGGUUUCCUAACUGUCAACAAGAUUGACUUUAAGGAGUGUGACAUCGUAACUAGUGAAGACAACAGGAAGUGGAUGAGGGAGAACGUACCUGAGGACUUCCGACCAAUGACGGGGGUCCCCCUGCCUCCACAGAUAUUUAAUGAAGAACAUUACUGUGGGAAUUACGAGGCCUUCUUUGAUGCCCGUGAGGAGCAUGCAGUGUAUGCAUUCUUGGGCCUAACAGCCCCUCCAGGCUCCAAGGAAGCAGAGGCCUUGGCUGGACUGGAGCAACAGUAGCCGUAUGGUUUUGAUUAGCAGACCACAGUGCCCUCUCCUGUCAUCCUCCAUUCAGCUCUACAGCAGCUUGCCACUGCUCGUCUGGAAAACGUCUUCUCAGACCAAUCAUAGCGCUUUAUUUUGUUGUGAAAGGUAAUCAGAAUGGUAUCAAAUUGACCAAAUGUUGUGUUUUUUGACAAUGUCUUUAAAGUGGUGACCUUGUACUGUUACAAUAGUUCAAGUCAAUGCUGGGCAGUAUCCCAUGUUCAAUAUCAUAUUGAAAUCAAGGUGGAAUGAUUGCCCAAAUACUAGGAAUUUAGUAGAUGAUAAAGACAUGCUUUGCACAUAUGAGAAUAUUUAAUUCAAUGAUAUAUUUUUCAUGUUUGAUAAUAAAAUAGUGUUACUUUA